AUGGCCUCAGACCCCAAGCUGCGCCGCCGCGCCAGCAGCGCGGCCACACGCAGCGGCCACGCCCGCGGGGCCUCGCGGCAGAUGAGCAAGCCCAAGUCGAUACACACCGCCGACGAGUUUGUGCAGGACUUUCUGGGCCCGUCCUUUGACGCGGCCGCCUUUCUCAACGCCAAGCUGCCGCCGCUGGCGCCUGGGCCCAGGGCACCCGCCUCCUCGCCGGCCGGGACGGUGCCGCUGGCGGACCUCGCGCAGCAGGCCAACGCGCUGCUCUCGCAGCUCAACGCGCAGACGACGCGCAUGUCGUCGACGCUGACGCAACUAACCGACGACAUCCUGCGCAGCGGGGGCCGCCUGGCGUACCAGGUGGAGCUGCUGCACGGCGAGACGCGCAGCCUGACUGAGACGCUGCACGAGACGCUGCGGGAGGACAUUGCCAAGUUCGUGCCGGAGGGUGCGCGAGGGAAGCAGGGCGAGGGCGAGAUCAAGUCGCCGGGGGGAGAAGAUGGCGAGGACACGGUCACGGAGAACAGCACACGGGGCGAGCCUUCUGUGCAGGCCACGACAGAGGCAGACAGCACUAGCAAUGAGCCAACAUACGUGCAGCAACUACGGACGCUGACAUUGGUGCGGUCACGCAUUGAGGAAGUGGUCAAGACGUUUGGCGAUGCCAUGGACUUUGGCUUCCCCCCGUCGGAAACCUCCGUCACCUCGUCCUUCCUCUCCGUGUCCGCGCCGGAGCCGGGCUCCGCGCAGCAGAGCUCGGAAGAACGAGGCCAGCAGAAGCUCCAGGAGCUGCGCGAGGAAAUCAGCAGCCUGCUGCAGCCGGCCAAGGAGAGCGGCGGCGGCGGCGGCUCCGUGGACGAUUCCGUCGCCGGCAUCGAGCGGGCGGCCAACCGGAUCGAGGAGCUCAAGGCGCUGACGGGCGUGUGGAAGGGCACGGCCGAGGAAAAGGGCCGUGGCCGCUUCAUCGAGAGCCUGGCCAAAAUGGUCGAGGACAGGCACAAGGAGCUCAUGCGGGAGCUGGAGCAGCAGCAGCGCGGCGCGGCGUCUCCGGUCAAGAAGACGGCCGAGGGCGGCGCGAGACGGACGGGAUCGCCCGCGAUCGGGGAGGAGACGAGGCCGGUGCAACCGCCGGGGGGAUUUGGGCUCAUCAGCCAGCUGCAAAAAUUACGGAGCGGACUGUAA